AUGGCUCCCACACAGCUGCCCGAAAAUGGCAACCCACUGGUCUUCUUUGACAUCACACUAGGUGGAGAGCCUCUCGGCCGAAUCACGUUCGAGUUGUUCAAGGAUGUCGUGCCGCGCACAGCAGAGAACUUUCGCCAGCUCUGCACGGGCGAGUACAAGGUGAACAACAAGCCCCAGGGCUACAAGGGCUCGCGGUUCCACCGCAUAAUCCCCAAGUUCAUGUGCCAGGGCGGCGACUUCCUGCACGGCGACGGCACGGGCUCGACUUGCAUCUACGGCACCAAGAGCUUCGCCGACGAGAACUUCACCCUCAAGCACGAGCACGAGGGCCUGCUGAGCAUGGCCAACGCGGGGCCAAACACCAACGGCUCGCAGUUCUUCGUCACCACCGUGCCCACCCCUUUUCUUGACGGCAAGCACGUCGUCUUCGGCAAGGUCGUCGACGGCAUGGACGUCGUGCGCAAGAUGGAGGCCACUAAGACCGGCCGCCGCGGCAGGGACGUGCCGGACCUGGACGUCCUCAUCGCCCAGUGUGGCGAGAUGUGA